AUGGAUUCGAUCAUCGACGCUCUCACCCGUGCCUCUACGGAGCCGAUCCCUGAUUCCACGAAAGCGAAGCUCCUAACCGUCGCAGGCGAGCUCUGCAAGUUGAAAAUCGCGACUGCAGGCAUCCUCGAGCAGGCGCAGAUGAACGACGAUGAAGAAGUGUCUCUACAAGAGUUUGUCGGACAACUGCAUGCGAUCUCGAGGGUUGCGGAGGAGCCGAUGAGCUGCUGGUUGGUUGCGAUUGGAAAGGCGCUGCUGGUUCUAGGAGAUGUGAUCGCGAUGCCGCCGCCGACACUACCAAGCACUCGUCAAGCUUCAUAUUUUCAAGCUUCGCCCGCUCCGCGACCUGCUCAUCCUGACCUGCCCGCGCCGCAACAUCAGCCCAUGCGCCAAGAAGUGCCCGCGCCAGAUCCAUCCACCAUGGCAAACGAGCCAGAGGCUGAAGACGAAAAGCUGUCCGCGCGCAAAGAUGGCGAGAUCUUGGACGCAAACGAGAACGACGAACCCGCCCUCUUCGGCUCUGACGCCUACAACAACCAGCCCCCAUCUCUUCUCAACACUCCCACUCAACCUAGGGCAAUUGUCACUGCCCCUGAGUUCAAGGAGAAUGACCAUCACGGAGGUAUCACCACCGGCAAACCUUCUCAUUGCCAGCGCUGUCGCCUGGACUUCCCCUCGCGUAAGCGGUUGAUUGCUCAUGACGCGAGCGUUCAUCACGAAGAUUCUCGCCGUUUGUGGAAUGCGACUGGUCAGACGCCCUCGAACAAGGAGGACACAUGGAAGUCGCGUGCCGCUCAUUGGCGUACGCGUACGCGGGAGCGUAAAUAG